AUGAGUACCACCUUGGUACUUAAGAGCCUCAAGUAUCUCCUCACUCAGAAGGAACUUAAUCUUAGGCAUCGUAGAUGGAUUGAACUGAUUAAAGACUAUGACUGCACCAUUGAGUACCACCUUGGUAAGGCCAAUGUGGUGGCUGAUGCACUGAGCCGUAGGGCUAUAACUCAUUUAAGGGUGAUAUGUUCUCGCCUAAGUUUAUGUGAUGAUGGUAGUUUAUUAGCCGAGCUUCAGGCCAUACUAAGAGAGGCGCCUAGUAGCCUUUAUGCUAUGUAUCUUGGCAGAAAUAAGAUGUACCAAGACCUCCGUGACUUACAUUGGUGGCCAGGGUUGAAACGUGAGGUUGCUGAUUUUGUCGGCAGAUGUCAGACUUGCCAGUAG